UAGCAUGAACUUACUCUUAUGCAAUGUUUUGUUUUAAAAAAAAGAAGAGUUUCAGCUGUUCGUGUCAUGUUUCAUUCUGAACUCGUGAUCGAACUUUUAGAACAAACCACUGGACACCGUGCAUGACCUUGAACUCAUCAAAAUGGCGGCAAAUUGGAGCUCAGAAAUUUUAUGCAAUGCAAAUUAUGUUUUUGUUUGAGAAUAAAUGUCAUAUUUUCAGAAUUAAACAUCCUUGAGCUUCAUGUGUGAUGUUCAAAACUUUUGUUAGAUUUCGGAGUAAUGUGUCUGAAAUGGUUCGUGUCCUGAAUGUUGCAGAAAAGAAUGAUGCUGCCAAAUCUUUGGCAGAUGUUAUGUCAAGGGGAGGAUAUAGAAAGAGGGAAGGGUUUUCCAGAUUCAAUAAGAUUUACGAGUUUGAUUAUCGUAUACUAAAUCAACAAUGUACCAUGACAAUGACUUCAGUGUCUGGACAUCUCCUGGGGAUGGACUUUGGAACUCAGUACAGGAAAUGGAACUCCUGUAGUCCCACAUCUCUGUUUGACCUUCCAGUGUUCAAAUCUUGUCCUGACAAUUAUGUUGACAUCAAGCGUACCCUGGAGAGAGAAAUUAAGGGUUGCAGAUAUCUUGUAAUUUGGACUGAUUGUGACAGAGAAGGGGAAAACAUUGGUUUUGAAGUGAUCCAGGUUUGUCAGUCAGUGAAGCCAAAUAUAGAAAUCUACCGAGCAAGGUUUUCAGAAAUUACGCCCCAUGCAGUGAACCGAGCCAUCAGCAAUCUCCAGGCUCCAGACAAGCGUGUGAGUGACGCUGUUGAUGUUAGACAGGAGCUGGACCUCAGGAUUGGUGCAGCAUUCACAAGGUUUCAAACCCUACGUUUGCAGAAAGUGUUUCCUGAGCAUUUAAGCCAACAGCUUGUAAGCUAUGGCAGUUGCCAAUUUCCUACACUUGGCUUUGUGGUGGAGAGAUACAAACAGGUCCAAGCCUUUGUGCCAGAACCCUUCUGGAAACUAAAAGUGGCUCAUAUGCUUGAUGACAUCAAGGCAGACUUCCUAUGGAAAAGAAACCGCCUGUUUGACCAUCUUGCAUGUCUUGUUCUCUUUGAACAGUGCAUAGAGAACCCAAUAGCAACAGUGCUGGAAGUGAAGAGUAAAAACAAGAGCAAAUGGCGACCCCAGGCUCUGGACACAGUGGAAAUGGAGAAGCUGGCAUCCAGAAAGAUGAGGAUUAAUGCCAAGGAAACCAUGAAGAUAGCGGAGAAGCUCUACACACAGGGGUUCAUCAGCUAUCCACGUACAGAGACCAACAUCUUCCCCAAGGAGAUGGAUCUUCAGAGCCUGGUGCAGGACCAAACACGAGACCCUAACUGGGGAGGUUUUGCACAAAGAAUCUUGGAUCAAGGCCUUCAUCCACGAAAUGGCAACAAGACUGACAAUGCCCAUCCCCCAAUACACCCCAUCAAGUACACGGCCACUCUGCAGGGAAACGAUCAGCGUGUGUACGAGUUCGUGGUCCGUCACUUUCUGGCGUGCUGCUCCCAGGAUGCCCAGGGCAUGGAGACGACAGUUGAUAUCAACAUAGCAGAGGAGAGGUUCACAGCCAGUGGUCUGAUGAUCAUUGCCAGGAACUACCUUGAGGUCUACCCAUAUGAGAAAUGGAAUGCAAAGGAAAUUCCUAUCUACAAGCAGGGAGAUCAGUUUGAACCAAGCUCGAUUGAGAUGGCGUGUAGCGAGACAGUGCCCCCUCCUUUGUUAGCUGAAGCAGACCUGAUAGCUCUCAUGGAGAAACACGGAAUUGGUACUGAUGCCACCCAUGCAGAUCACAUUGAAACCAUCAAAGUCCGAAGUUAUGUCGGUCUCCGGCCUGAUGGACGUUUUGUGCCUGGGCAGCUCGGGAUGGGGUUAGUGGAAGGUUAUGAUGAGAUGGGAUACCAAAUGUCCAAGCCCCACCUCAGAUCUGAAUUGGAAGCCGACCUACAAAGGAUUUGUGAAGGGCGAAAAGAUAAGAAUAUUGUACUGCGGGAGCAGAUUGAGAAGUACAAGGCUGUGUUUAUAGAGGCGAGCCAGCAGGCCUUGAAGCUGGACGAGGCUCUGUCGCAGUACUUCGGACAAGCUCAUGCUCUCACAGGAGCUGAAGUGACAGACAUUGCUGGUCCAGCUGUUGUCCGCAGAUGUCCACUGUGUGGUCAGGACAUGGCUCUGAAGGCCAAGAAAGAUGGAAAAGGCUUUUACAUUGGCUGUAUGGGGUACCCUCAGUGCCGUGCUGCCAUCUGGCUGCCAGAGUUCGUCCUCCAGGCGGACUUAGCAGAGGAGACCUGUCCUCAGUGUGGUCCAGGACCGGUUCAUCUGAUCAAGUUCAGGUUCAGACGAGGAUCAACACCACCCAUGAUACCCUCUGAACACACUGGCUGUAUCGGUGGUUGUGAUCACAUGCUGACAGAAGUCCUCAAUAUUCAGCCUCUCACUGCCAGAAACAACAACACCAGCUCUCAAGCCAACACAUCAUUGCCCAGGAGAAACAUGAACAUGUCCGACAGUGGCUACAGCAGCAGCAGUAACACAAGCAUCACCAGCAACAACACACAACAACGCAGACCACAGAACAGCAACAACACACAACGCAGACCACAGAACAGCAACUCAAGCGGAAAUAACUCUACUAAUAGAGGCUUCUCCACAAACACAAACUCUUCCUAUAACAAUAGUUCAAGAAACAAUACAUCUUUCACUGGUAACCACAGGGGAGGUAACUCUCGGCCACCUCUGACAACCGUGCCUCAGCCUAAUCCAAUGGCACCUGGUGGAGGACCAGGAGAUUCUGGGUCUGCCAUUGUGUGUAACUGUGGCAGUGAUGCCAUGCAGCUGACUGUCAGGAAAGAGGGACCUAACACAGGUUAG